UCUAUUUAGUUUUUAAAAUUAUUAAAAAUAAACAAUUAUUUUAUUUCAUAAUAAAUAUUAUUUUUAUCUAUAAACAUGCACUGCAAAUCGCAAACGGUCAUUCCGAAAUGUUCAUUAUAUGCCAAAACCUUCAAGAAAACACAACUUCCUGUUUACGAUGCUUUCGGACCAUUUCCCGAUGAGCCCCUGAUGUCAGGCAUAGAUCGAGUUUUAUUUUUCUUUGGAGGCGGUAGAGUACAAAAAUAUUUCAAUUCCGAAUAUUCCUCCAUAGAGGAAGCUAGCAAAAGUGGUUGUUCCUCAGUGGUAAAAUUUGAAUCAUUUUGUAAAGAUCGUAAGGUGCUUGAGAAAUGUUUAGUUAGAAAUUCACCAACCUACAGUGUGAUUCAAAAUUGCAAAUGUUGUCAAUUUGAUGAUGUGUGUUCGCAGAAAAGUUUAAUUUUUCGCGAUUCCAAACUAAGUCCGAGAAAAUGUAUAAAAGAAAAUUCGAGCAGACAAGAAACUUGUCGCAAACUUAAGGAGAAGUUGUCAUUGGCAUUGCCCUCAACCAUGACCACGCCUAUUAUUGAACCACAUUGGUUGUGGACUAAAGUCGAAAACUAUUCGAAUGGUUGUCAAGUGUAUGAAAUAUUUAAAAAUUCCAGUAUAACAACUCAUCCCACAAAAUUCGACACCUGUAGAGCUUCAAAAAUUAUAUUUGUUAUAUUACCCACUGGUAUAAUAAUGCCUUUUGAGACCCUACCGCGUCAUUGAGUUAUUUUUAAACAAUUUUCAUCUGUUUUUUGUAA